UCUAAUGGACUCAGAGGCUUCUCCUUAAGCAAAGGUUUCAGAGACGAGAACAGCUAUGGCUGUCACGAGCUUGGCUCCUCCAUGGGUCAUCUUGAGACAAGCUUUCCGGUCAGUGGCAGCUUCUUCUCAACUUCGCACAAAUCACAAAACCCUUAUCACAAAUCUCUCCACUCUCGCAUCGUUUCCUCUCCGACAUCCAGCUUUGAGAAGAUGUCACGUUGCAGAAGCAAUAAGGGGAGAUGUAGAUUUCCUCCUCAAAGGAGUUGGAGACCAAGCUGUUGCUAAAGAAGUUAAGCAAAUUCUUGAAAUGGCGAGACGUGCAGCAUCAAGAAGAGAAGUUCUGCACACAGAUUUUCUCACACCACCUAUUGUUAAAGAAUCAGUUUCAGUAUUGGGGAAAUUUGUUGAUGUUAAGAUAGUUUCUCAAGGAGGUUACCCUGAGGCUGAACGGUGUAGGAUCUCUAUUGGACAUCCUGAUGUGUUAACCAGUGAUCCAGAUAUAGUUGCAGCUUUAAGUAUCACAGGGGAUUUUGGGUUUCAACCUUGUUCUCACGGUGACUUCCUCGGCGCGAUUCUUGGCACAGGAAUUUCCAGGGAGAAACUUGGGGAUAUCUUAAUUCAGGAGGAAAAGGGAGCUCAGGUCCUGAUUGUUCCUGAACUAGUUGACUUUGUU